GAGGUGGAGUCUAAGCCUUUCAGAGCUUCCCAAGCUAAGGAAGUCAGGGACAAAGCAUAGUUAAGUAUGUUUAGUGUACUCAAGACUAAACAUUCAGUCCUAUUGGUAUAGAAAGUGAGAGGCUGGGGCUGCCACACCCAUGUUAAAGACUUCAAUCGCAUGAGAGCCACACCGAACCCAGAGGACUUUAUCUGAGCACUUGUGUCUGUUACAUGCAGUGUAAUGUUAGUGGAGUCCAGAGAAAUUCAUCACACACACAGCAGGAUGUUUGAACGCGCACUGUUCGCUCUCUGCCUGCUUACUUUGGUGCUGUUUCAAAGCGCUGCGUCUUGUGAGUUGAGGCCUGUGCUUGCUCAGGUUCCUAAGAGGCUGCCCGCUGGUUAUGUCAUCCCUGAAACCAAGGAUGGAUUGAGUCUCAAAGGCUGUGCGGCCAAACCUGUGGCCUAUACUUCCAGUGACCCUGACUUCACUGUGAAUACAGAUGGAGCCAUUAUCACAGUUCAUGGUUUGGAGAUUACGACAAAGCAGUUUUCUGUACUGGUGCAGGAUGAGAAUGGAAUGGAUUGGAGGGUGGACAUAAUCUUGUCCUGUAAAGAUGAGGCAUCUCAGAAGUCUAGCAGUGUGGCUCUCAAGCGCACUAAGAGAAGAUGGAGACCGUUGCCUUUCAAUUUAGUUGAGAAUGACAAGCCUCCAUUCCCAAAGGAUCUGGAGACGAUUGCAUCUGAUUCUUCAGUAAAUUACACAGUGUAUUAUGUAAUCAGUGGGCAGGGUGUUACUACAGAUCCUGUAGGCCUUUUCACCUUAAACAGGAACACUGGCUUGCUGAAGGUGACCAGGACCGUCGACCGUGAGCAGUACCCACAAUUCAAUUUUAUCGCUCGUGUGUUUGACAUGAGUGGCAGGGAAACAGAUGAAUAUCUGCCCAUCACUGUGAUAGUGCAGGAUCAGAACGAUAAUGCCCCUGAGUUCAUAGGAGGUCGAUUCUUCACUGUAGAAGAGCGGUGCAGGGCAGGUACUGUAAUAGGAAAAGUGAAUGCCACAGAUAAAGAUGAGCCAAACACCCCCCACACCUUGAUCAAGUUUACGCUGCACAACGCUACUGACAUGUUCUCCAUCGAUUCUUUUACCGGAGUAAUAACUUCUAAAACUAACACCUUAGACAGAGAGACCCAGGACAAAGUCUACGUUGAGAUAGAGAUCAGAGAUAUGGGCGGUGCUCCUAGUGGGCACUUCAGCAGAGGAACAUUUGUGAUUACUCUCACAGAUGUUAAUGACAACCCUCCUACCUUUAAAGAGAAGUUGUACAAGGCCAGCGUUCAAGAGAACCAAGAAAAUGUGCUAGUUACCAGGAUACCGGUGGAAGAUAAGGACUUGGUGAACACCCCCAACUGGAAGGCCCUGUUUGAGGUCACAAAAGGAAAUGAAAGUGGGAACUUCAGGAUGGAGACAGACCCCAAAACCAACGAGGGGCUUCUGUAUGUGAUAAAGGGUUUGGAUUAUGAAAAAACUCCACUGGUGAAGCUGGAAAUAACUGCUCGUAAUGAGGCUCCACUGGUUGGUCCUGAGAAUAAAUGGCUGUCUGUGCCACUCGAGCUCAGUGUGGGAGAUGUAGAUGAAGGACCAGAGUUCAACCCUGACACUCUAUUUCUCAAAGUCAAGGAGAAUGUGGCCAACGGAACUGUCAUUGGAACCUAUAAAGCUCUGGAUCCAGAAAAGAAGAACAGUGACGGAAUAAAGUACUAUAAGAUGACUGACCCAGGCAACUGGAUCACUGUGGUGGAGAACACUGGAGAACUGAAAACAGCCAAUACUUUAGAUCGAGAAUCACCUUUGGUCCGGAAUGAUAUGUACAACAUAACCAUCAGAGCUGUGGAUGAGAGUAAGAAGACAGGAACAGGGACAGUUAUAAUCAAGAUACAAGAUGUUAAUGACAACAUCCCUAUGAUUACAAAUCCAGAUCCGAUCUUGUGUAAUAAGGGUGAUACGCUGAGCUCUGUUUUGGUUGAAGCCAUGGACCUGGACAGGCCACCUUACUCUAUUCCCUUCAUUUUCGAACUUGGAGCAGAUCAUGAUGGGAGCUGGAAAUUGAAGGAUACUACAGAUUCUUCUGUGGUGCUGGAACAGACUAUGCCAAUGCCCAACGGUCUCUACAGCGUUCCUCUCUUGGUGAAGGAUCUGCAGGGAUUCGGGAAAGAGCAGACUGUGAAUGUGCGAGUGUGCACUUGUGAGAGGGAGGAUAACGGAGGAACAUGUGGGGCUCGGAGCGCCUCUUCUUCUUUGGGCAGUUUGGGAAUCCUUGCCUUAGUUCUCUCUGGCCUGCUGCUGCUACUUUUAAGUCUGUUGCUCAUCUUCAUAUGCAGCACUAAGAGAGACAAGCUUUACAUCAACGAUGACACAGGAACAGGUGGAAUGCUGCUGAAAUCCAACACUGAGGCUCCUGGUGAAGAAGUGAAAGAAGGUGCUUUGAUGAUAAUUCCUGGGAUAGGGCUAGAUGUAGUGGACGGGUCACUGCAGAGCGGCCUCAUGGAAAGUAAGAACGUGACUACAGCUUCAGGGCGCUACGGGCAGUCGUUUUUCCAGGGAGGAGGCGUGUACAACACCACCACUCAAGAGUUUGGGACAGAGAAGUACUACUCAUCUGGACGCUAUGAUAACAACUUAUACGGCAAUGCCACGAUGCAGAAACUCACCAAUGCGAGUGCUCUGGACACAUGGAAAACUAACGGACGCUACUUGGACAGGAAACUGGCUUACUUCGGAGACGAGGAGGAGGGGAGGUACGCGGAUGACCUGCUGAAGACUUAUGGGCAUGAGGGGAUGGGAUCUCCUGCAGGCUCUGUAGGAUGUUGUAGCAUCGUGGGCGAACAGGAAUCGUUGGAAUUUUUGAACACUCUCAGCCCUAAAUUCAGACCACUGGCGGACGUCUGCUACACCACAAAUCGAACCGGAAACUAAAUGCUGAAGGCUGUUUGCCAGAGGCCUUCAAUGCAGAAAAUCAUGUUCCUAAUCAGUAUAUUUGCCUCGUGUUCUAGUUAAAAUAUCAAAAUGUCCUUAAGAUCCAUGAUACAUAUUCUCUAAAAUGAGUCUUAGCAUCUCAGUUUUGCUUCUUAUGUAAAUUUACCAAGGAUAUUUUGAGGAUAUUAAGCUAUUUUUACUGGAAAAACGAGACAGAAAUGCUGAUUUAGAAAACUAUUUUAGCAGUACGUGCCUUUCUGAUGGAUUAAUCAAGUGCCUGCGUUUGUUUGUGUCUGUUAACUUUUGUAAGUUGAGUUUUUAAGUGUUUGAACGAUGCAAAUAAGCUUUUCUGUGAUUGUUUUGCUUUGCUUUGCAAACCUCUUCCUCACAGAGCUGAGGAAGGACAGUUUCAAUAUAAGUAUACAGAAGAGACAUUAUUUCCUCCCCGAUCGAUUGUAAUUCUCAGCCGUGUGAAGUAUUAACUGAGUCUAUAUUUACAAGACCAUGAUGAAGUGUGCUCAUAAACAUUUUUUUUUGGGGGGGCGUGUGGAAUUUAGAGCGCUCUUCAGCUCCAAAAGCACUUACACACGACAUCAACUCUGGACACUGAACUCAUCCUUAGGCCAUGAUGUAUUACUGAGUUUGUGUGUUAUUUUCUUACAACAUUUAACAGUAUAGUUGCUGAAGGGAUUUUUCAUUUCAGUUGAAAGAAACCAAAUAUUUUGUAUGUAAGUCACUUUAUGCUUUAAAUGAAGAUAGAGGUGAAAGGGUGAAAGAACAGGUAAAUUUGGGGAAAAAUAUGUUUUGAUAUUAGUUUUGGUCUGACAGCACAUUUUUGUUUAGGUUUUUUUUGUAUUUUUGGUAAAUAUUACCAAAAUAGAUGUUUAGAGGAUUGUUCUGAUUUUACACUUAAAGGGAUGCUCUUUGUAAAUAUUUGAAUAAAAUUGAUUACAGACCCUA